GUGCGGGGGCCGCCGGUCAUAGGCAGCCACACAGGCUCGUUCAUGUAACCCUUCUCGUCUGGAGCAGUGAAAACCUAGACGGAGCCAGUCUCUCCUCCCGACCUCCUCCAAUCCCCACCUCCUCUUCCGUCCUCCAAUCAUCCCUCUCCAUCCUCCUCCCCCAACCCGUGCCGCCGCCUCUACUCCGACCUCGACGAGCGGCGAGCAGGCGGAGCCGUAGGGGACGACCACGGUGGCGUGCGAGAGGAGGCGCCGCAGCAACGCAUCCUGGAGGGGGCCCGGCCGUGUGGAGGUUGCCCAGCGGUGCAGGGCUCGAGAUCUCCUUCUCCGGAGGCGGCGAAUCGUCCACUGCUGCCCGGGGCUCGAGAUCUCCGUCGGCGGCGGGGAUGGUGACCGGAUGCGAGAAGAGCCCCUUCUGGUGCUACCGGACCUGCAACGGUGGUGGCAGAGUAGGGAAACAAAUUAUUCCCGCAUGUCCCGGGCCGUGAAGAGGAGACGGGAGGAGGCGCGUGGGAGGAUACACUGCAGGACCGCGUCUCGGAGGAGGGCGAUGGGGCUAGACAGGACGGCCGCGAUGGACGGCGAGAGGAGGAAGUUGGCGGCGCGCCGGUGGAGUCGGCAACGCGGAGGGCGGCGGCGCGUCGCCACAGCCGGCUGCUGCGUUUCGGCGGCGGAUGCAACCAGGCGUGCCCAGGAUCGUCUAGGAUUCGCCCCACCCGCGCGAGACAUCCAUUCCUCCCCUUGCUGCGCGGCUCAGGAAUUCGCCUCCGCCCAGUCGCUCGCCUCCAAUGGUGCGCUCGUGGUGGUCCGUCUCCACCGGUUCUUGGAGGAGAUGAUCGUUCUUUCCUCCUCACCCUUCUCCUUGUGGGUAAGCCCCAAUCCCUCCCCUCUCUCUGAGAUUCACGAAUCUGGAGGAGGUCACCAGGAUGUGCUUCUCGGCGAGGAGACCUCCGGGAGUGGCCAGGAGGGUCUAGCGGCGUCCGGCAUACGUGCCUCGUCGGCGCCAACGCGGCCACUGCAGCUCACGUGGAGCAGCGGGAGGGUCUUGCUGCCAGGAGCUCAAUCUCGCCCUCCUCUAUUUGAACAACGCCUACUCCACAUCCAGGCCUCUCUUUCAGGUUCACUCUUUAUCUCCCUCUUCUGCAGCUCUGUACAGAGGAACGUAGUUGUGGAAAAAGCACUACCACUUGGUGUCACAACCGUCAGCAAAAUUUGGAUUCAUGAAAAUGACUCUUGGAGAAGGGUUUGUGCUAGAUUUUUAUCCAUUGAUGUAGUCUCAGCAUUGGAAGAUGCAGAGGAAAUCCUGAGGGCAGUAGAAUACAUCUCCAAACAUGAUAAAAUGAUCUUGAUUCGGCUGAUGUGGUGCGGUGGUGGCGUGGGACACAUGUUGUGAAUGCUUUCCUAAUCUUGAUUUCAAAGGCUCCCAGCAGGCCCUUUCCAUUGAGAAUGACCACAUUCACGACAUGUUCAGUCACAGGAUGGCAGCUUGCAGGAGGAACUCUCAAAUGUCCGGGGCUCCACAAUAUUCUCCCCGCAGCAGCACUCAUGCGGUGGCUCAAGUGAUGCCCAUACCGGUUGAUCGUUGGAGGUCAUUGAAAGAUUUAUUAUGUGGAGGCUUCUCAAUUGCUUGGCUACAAGAGCAUAAUUAUAACAUCGUUUGACUUGCCAUAUUUUAAUAUAUGCAUCGCUUUAUCUCUCUUUUUGGUGGUUGUAAUCUAUCUGUUCUCUGUCCAGGGUAUUUUCUCUGUAGAGAUCUCUUUAAUCUGGAGUGCUAGAAAGUAGCCUGCCGCAACUAAAUAUGGUUCCAGGUUAAACUUGGUUCCAGGUUGCUCCUUCGCCCCUCUCAUCUAUAACUUCAUUUUGAGCAAUUUCUGACCCCAUUUAACUGGUCAGGACCACUUGAUCAGGACUGGUCUGGGAAUCAAUGCGUGGGUACCAAUUAAUACAUCCUCGUGAUGAAAUAUUUAUUAGCCUAUAAGAACACCACCUCAUAGUUAAUUCUCUCUGUUACUUUUGUAUUAGUUUGUUUUCCUGAAGUUGAAUUUUGACCAACUCUAUCUUGUCUAUGAUGAUCCAGUUGCCUGAGUUCAGGCUAAAUCUCCCAGUUGCUGGUGAAGUCAACAUCAAUGUAUCAUUCUCUACGAAAUUCGAUUAUAGUAGCUCAAUGAAAAUGGAAAGGGAAAGGAAAAAAUACCAUUGGCUUAUCGAAUGAAGUAGCGCUGACUUUGUGUGAUAGGACUCUACAAACUUUGACUUUGCUUGAUAAAUGAUGGCAAGUUCUUAAUCAUCUGGCUACUAGCACUGAAGAAUUUAUGGGAACAAUGGUUAUCUGAUGGAAUCGUGCAAUUAUGGCCUUAGGCCAAUGCGAGCUGCUGUUGGAGGAAAGAAGAGAAGAAAUAAUUAUCAAGAAGAUCAAGGUAACUUUUCGCGGAGGGGUGCCAUUCCGAAUAUUGGUGUGCUGCAGACUCGGUAACAAGAGCAAAGGCUGCUGCUCAUUGUUGGGUUCCAGGACUAGGAAGGAGCACUGAAGCUUAUACGUUUUAAAGGAUCAGUUUUGGUGUUCCAUCUUCUCUAUCAAAGCCAUAGGGCUUGAACCCGCUGCUCUGCUCUAAUAUGGCAGCAGCUGGGAGUUGGUGACAGAGCAGGUUUGGACGGGGCUACCUUAUCGGAGACCUGGGUGGUUUGGAUUUCGAAUGCCAAAAUCCUGUUUUUUUGGUUUAACCCAUUUGCCUUAUUUAUAUGUACUUUAGCUCCCCAGUUAUAUUAGCUAUUUAGCUUAGACACCAUUAGAGUAUUUGUUAAAUAUGGUCGAAGUGUUAUUUGUUAAAUGCUUCUACUGCCAGUUGUCUUCCUCAAACAAUGCAGCAUACAUGUAAUAUUCAGAAAAAGAGUAGAAUGAAACAUAUUAUUGUAAUAUGAGCUAUUUACUAUGGUGCUACCUUUUAAUUCUAUCCUUUGUGUUGUAUGCC